AUAUUUAACUAAUUUUUCUCUGUGCCAUUAAUGCAUUACAUAAAUGGACAUAAGUUAGAACAGUAUUGUUUUCUGAACCUGUUGAUUGUCAAGGAUGUGGCCAUAGACUUCAUCCUGGAGGAAUUGGGUUGCCUAGAGUCUGCUGAGAGGCCUUUGCCUGGCAAAGACGAGUUGAAGAACUACACCAACCUGGUCUCUACAGGACAUUCUGUGUCAACACAAGAGCUCUUCAGCAACCUUGACCAAAGCAAACAUUCCUGGAAUGAGGCCAUAGAGCAGACUGGAUUUGAAGAACCUGGUAAGUUGGAAUGAAGCACUGACAUGGG